AUGUCCGCGGUUGGCCUGUCACAGGCACAACAGGAAGGGUUGCAGAAGCUGCUCCCUAUCCUUGGCCCUAAGGGCGUGGACAUUGCCCAGGGCGAAGACGAGGGUAACAAGCGUAUUCAUAUGCUUGAUGAAUAUAAUAAAGCUCUAGUCGAGCAUGUAAGGGCACAGAUGCCUUCUUCUGCGCCUUCGCCUAUGACGACUAUGGCGCAAGAAGUGGUUGAGUCGGCUAUGUUCAUAGCCGACAUCACCUAUGAACCGUACCGUGUGGGCUUUGCCACGGGCAAGUUAGGUGCUUAG